UUGGUUUGGUUGUUUUGGUGUUAAACAAUAAUAAUUGUAGAAUUCAAAAUAAAAAAAAUGUUUUACACUUUAAAUCUGUGACAUUAGUGUCGAUGUGAAACCCUUUCGGCCUAUUUGAUGUUUUAGUAAAAAGUUGCCGUGAAGUUGACUCGCGUGCAACACGGUAAAUGCCGGUCAUCCCAAUACUUGACUGUGUCCAAUGCUACUGUUUGCGGCAUAUUUGACGUUAACCUAGCAGAUGGAUGAAGGAUCUAUCCAAUAAUUGUCGGUGAUAUUGCAAUAUAAGUUCAUCUACUACGCUUCGAAUAAUUCGUAAUUAUGAAGACCGCUCUGAUGGUGGCGGAAAAACCUUCCCUGGCUUCUUCACUCGCCAACAUACUGAGCAAUGGACGCAGUAAUUCGAGAAAAAGUAUGAACUCUGCAUGUCCUGUACAUGAAUGGUCUGGAACACUUUUUGGGGAACCAGUGAUCUUUAAAAUGACUUCCGUCUGUGGACAUGUUAUGACUUUAGACUUCAAUAGUAAAUUCAACAAUUGGGAUAAAGUUGAUCCAGAGGAGCUUUUCUCUUGCCCAACUGAAAAGAAAGAAGCAUCUCCUAAGUUGCGUAUUCCAGCUAUGUUAGCAUCCGAAGCACGUGGUGUAGACUUUUUAAUAUUGUGGCUGGAUUGUGAUAAAGAAGGUGAAAAUAUUUGCUUUGAAGUUAUUGAUGCUGUUAAAAGUUCUAUGAAACGUUCUGGUGAAGUGAAUAGGAUUUGGAGGGCAAAAUUUUCAGCAAUUACGGCAAAAGAUAUUAAAGGAGCUAUGGAAAGAUUAGAUUUUCCAAAUCGUAAUGAGGCUAUGAGUGUUGAUGCCAGACAAGAACUUGAUCUUCGUAUUGGCUGUUCAUUCACUCGUUUUCAAACUAAAUAUUUUCAAGGAAAAUAUGGUGAUUUGGAUUCUUCAUUAAUAUCUUAUGGUCCAUGUCAAACACCAACAUUAGGCUUUUGUGUUCAACGACAUGAUGAAAUUCGAAGAUUCAAACCUGAACCUUAUUGGGUCAUACAAGUUACAAUUCAAUCAAAGGACGGGCAAGAUGUAGUUCUUAAUUGGGAAAAGGGUCGAUGUUUUGAACGUGAUGCUUCAAACAGCUUGCUUCAAGCAUUGAAAAAACAACAGAUAGCAACUGUUGUCUCUAUAACUCAACAAGAAAAAUCAAAACAACGUCCUUUAGCUUUGAAUUCAGUGGAGCUUAUGCGAGCCGCAAGUACUGGACUGGGAAUGGGUCCCCAUCAUGCAAUGCAAUUAGCUGAGCGCCUUUAUACCCAAGGUUACAUUAGCUAUCCCAGAACAGAAACCUCUCAUUAUUCAGAUAAUUUUGAAUUGCUACCUGCUAUGAGAACUCUCCAAAAAAGCAAUGAAUGGGGUCAAGAAAUACGUCAAGUACUUAAUAAUGGGUUAACCAGGCCUAGAAAUGGCAAAGACUGUGGUGAUCAUCCUCCUAUUACACCUACUAUGUUAGCAUCUCGUAAUGAUUUAGAUGGAGACUCCUGGAAACUUUAUGAUUUCAUUGUUCGACAUUUUAUUGCUACAAUAUCAAAAGAUUGUAGAUAUUACUCUAAAACAGUCACUUUUAAAAUUGGAUCAGAAAUGUUCACAUAUAACUGGCGUACCUUAAUUGAUGCUGGAUUUACUGCCAUAACACCAUGGAAAGCAUUACCUAAAAAUGAAUUGGCAGUUAAUUUUGAACGUGAUGAAAAACUUAAUAUUAAAGAUGCUAGGCUUACAGAUCACAUGACAAGUCCUCCAGGUUAUCUUACAGAGUCUGAAUUAAUAUCAAUGAUGGAAAAACAUGGGAUUGGAACCGAUGCAUCGAUUCCUGUUCAUAUUAACAAUAUAUCACAGCGUAAUUAUGUAACUGUUGCUACUGGGCGAAGACUUGUACCUACCAAUCUGGGUAUAGUUUUAGUGCAUGGAUAUCAAAAGAUUGAUAAACAAUUGGUAGAACCAACCAUGCGUUCUACUAUUGAAGACCAAUUGAAUCUUAUAGCCAAAGGUGAAGCAAAUUAUGAUCGUGUUCUCAGACAGACUAUUGAGGCUUUUCGACAAAAGUAUUUAUACUUUGUGAAAUCUAUUGAAGCUAUGGAUUCUCUGUUUGAAGUUUCAUUCACUACUUUAGCUGCUAGCGGAAAAGCACUUUCUAGAUGUGGAAAAUGUCGACGUUACAUGAAACUUAUCAUUGCUAAACCAUCCCGACUGCAUUGUUCACAUUGUGAUGAAACCUAUAAUUUGCCCCAAAAUGGAAAUAUAAGAAUUUAUAAAGAACUGAAAUGUCCAUUAGAUGACUUUGAGUUGGUAACUUGGUCUACUGGAAAUAAAGGUCGCAGUUACCCAUUAUGUCCAUAUUGUUAUAACCAGCCAGCAUUCAGGGAUAUGAAAAAGCAUAGCGGUUGUAAUCUGUGUCUUCAUCCAACUUGUCCACAAGGAUUUUAUGUUAAUGGUAUCGCUAGUUGUUUGCAAUGCGAUAACGGAGUGUUAGUAUUAGACCCAUCGUCUGGACCUAAAUGGAAAGUUGGCUGUAACAAGUGUGAUGUUAUAUUCCACUUGUUUGAGGAUGCACACAAAAUAACUGUAGAAGAGAGUAAGGAAUGCGAUUGUGGAGCUCAGCUUUUAAAAAUUGAGUAUAAAGAGGAACGCACUCGACUGCCUCGUGAUCUUAUUGAGAUGACUGGUUGCUUAUUCUGCUGUGAAGAGUUUGGAUAUUUAGUUGAGAAAUUUAGAGCUCAAGCAUCUAAGCCAGUGUUCAAUAGUCGCCAGGGUCGAGGGAAAGCUAAACACAAGGGUAAAGGUAAACCAAAACCACCUAAAGACAAAAUGGCCCAAUUGGCAUCUUAUUUUGUAUAAGAAGUAAAACAGGUAACUUGGCCCAAAUGAAUCAAUUAUAAAAUAAUUAAAUUUACCUAAGAUGUGUAUUUGGUAUUACUGUAUCUAUACUUUUUAUAUAAUAUCUUAUUUAUUAUGUAUAAUGUUUCUUGAAAUUUAUAACUUAAGUCAUAAUGCUGAAUCUCAAAUAUAUUUCUGAAUAUUGCCAUUAAAUGUGCAAUAUUGAUUAUAUGUUAUAAAAUAAAAACAAUUUAUUUAAGCAAAAAAAUAAGUUAUACAUGCAUAGUAAUUUAUAAUUUACACUGUCAUACAAUCAUAUAAAAGUUAUUUAAAUUUAAUAAAUUUCUAUUUAAAUACAAUUAUACCAUUUUUUUUUACUUUUUAUAGUAUUUCAAUUUACUUAAUAAUUAAUACUCAAAUUAAAAAUAUUUUUUUAAAUAAAGUUUUUUAAAGUUAACUAUUUAGUAUUUCCUCAGUAUUUAUAUUUAAAAAUAAACAGUCAUUAAUUUUAUUGAAUAUGUGUUACAUAUAUAUAUAUUUAUAAUAAUAUAUUAUAAUAUUAUAUAAUAUUAUAUUACACAAUUAAACAACUACGCCAAAUUUUAAUUUUAUGUUUUUGCAUGUUCUUAUUUUUUUAUUUUAAUUUUAUUUUUAUUUUCUUGCCAAUUCAGUUGUAUAAUUUUAUUUAGUUACCUAUAAAAUUUAAGAUUUUUUUUAAUUUUGCUUAAGAAAAUUCUGUGGUGUUUGUAAUUAUACUAAAUAACAACUAUUAAAUAAUAAUAUAUAUUAUUAACUUAAUAAAUACCUAAUGUUUUAAUUUAUUUGAAUUCUUUAUUUUUAAACCAAAUUAUAGUUUGAUAACAGUUUAAUCUAACUACAAAUUAAAUAGUUAUUUUUAAUAACAAUAUUAUUUAAAGUAACCCAAAAUCAACUGUUGAACUGAAAUAAUUUUAACACAUGGUAUACGACCACAUUCUUCUUCUUUUUUUUUUAUCUAAAAUCUUAAAAAUGUAUGUACAUUUUUCAAUGUAAACUAGUGUUAGCUAAGAUAAUUAAUUUAGUCUACUGAAUUUUAAUGCGUGAACAAAAUAUUUAAAUAUUUGUGUAAACAUUUUUGAAACUGGUACAAUUAUUUUAUUUGUUUAUGACAUUUUUAUUGUAUGAUCUGACAGAAAUUAUUUUGAUAAUAAUCAAACCAAACUUUAUUAUUUUAAAAUUAUAUUUAUUGUUGAUAAAACAACAAAGCAAAUAUAAUAUGCUAU